AUAAGCGUGUGUUCAUGACCGUGGCAGUGGAUAUGGUUGUUACUGAAGUCGUAGAGCCGGUCAGGUUUUUGCUGGAGACAGUUGUGCGUGUGUAUCCUGCCAACGAACGCUUCUGGUACUUCAGCAGAAAAACCUUCACGGAAACUUUUCAUAUGAAGCUAAAACAGUCUGAAGGGAAAAGCCACACAAGCGCUGGUGAUGCCAUUUAUGAAGUUGUCAGCCUACAAAGAGAAUCUGCAAGAGAGGAAGAAUUGGCCAGCCCAACAAGUGGAGGAGGGCCUGUGUCAUCCCAGGAAGAUGAGGCAGAAGAAGAGAGUGAUAAUGAACUCUCCAGUGGCACUGGUGAUGUGUCAAAGGAUUGUCCUGAGAAGAUUUUGUAUUCCUGGGGAGAAUUACUGGGCAGAUGGCACAAUAAUCUUGUUGUGAGACCAAAUGGAUUAUCUACCCUGGUGAAGAGCAAAAUUCCAGAGGCACUAAGGGCAGAGGUUUGGCAGUUGCUGGCAGGAUGCCAUGACAACCAGGCAAUGCUGGAUAAAUAUAGAGUUCUCAUCACAAUG